AUGGCCGAUGAGAAUCGCGUUGUAUACCCCGACGAAGUUGCUGAUAUCAAAGCUAAGGAAGCUGAAGAGUCACAGGCCGUUGAAUCAAACUCCGUUGAAGACCCACCGUUAGAAUCAAACGUACAAUUAAAAAAUAUGAUUCAGGUGCCACCGAAUUGUCCCCCUGGACAGCAAAUGGCUGACAAUACUCGAAUUGUUUUCCCUGAUGAAGUUGAAAAAAUGAGAGCUGAUCAAGAAAAACAAGCUGUGCAAUCAAACUACAUCGAACACCGACCUUUAGACUCAGACAUACAGUUAGACAAUUUGUGA